UUCGUUUGUCUUCUCCACUCCGGGCUUUGCUCCUUGGAAACCUACUUUGGAAGAGGUUGUUGAAAAUUCGGAAGAGCAAGAAGCUUCUAAUAAAGCUAGUAGUCUUCUGAAAGCAAAGAAGAUUAGUUUAUUGUAA